ACUAACGCUGCCAAACUACCCAAGGCCUUACAUUAGUAACUUGACAACCUUUAGGAUUCGUUUUCAUCUGCAACACUCCAUCGAAUCAAUAUGGCGGACAAUGAUGACGAUCUCGUUGACUACGAUGAAGAAGAGGUCGUACCCGAAGUCGCCAAAGAUGCCGCUGCAGUGGGAGGCGACGGCAAAGAAAGUAAAAAGGGUCACUACGUAGGAAUUCACGCCUCCGGCUUUAAGGAUUUCCUACUCAAACCCGAAUUGCUUCGCGCCAUUGUGGACGCUGGUUUCGAGCAUCCCUCGGAAGUGCAGCACGAGAGUAUUCCCCAAGCUGUACUAGGCGGAGAUAUUGUUUGUCAGGCAAAGUCGGGAAUGGGAAAGACGGCAGUCUUUGUGCUCGCAACUCUGCAUCAGUUGAAUCCGUCCGCCGAAUCGGAAGACGUCCAAGUCCUUGUGCUCUGUCACACGCGUGAACUCGCAUUCCAGAUCGCCCACGAGUACGAACGCUUUUCAAAGUACCUCCCAUCCAUCAAGACUGCUGUUUUCUACGGUGGCGUCAAUGUGACUCAGAAUCGCGACAUUCUGAAAAAGGAACAUCCGCACAUUGUCGUUGGAACUCCGGGGCGUAUUCUCAAAUUGGCUCGUGACAAGGAUCUGAAGCUUUCUUCUCUCAAGCAUUUUGUACUCGACGAAUGCGACCGCGUUCUCGAGUCACUAGAUAUGCGCCGGGACGUCCAAGAGAUCUUCCGCAUGACGCCACACGAAAAACAGGUCUUGUUGUUCAGCGCUACCUUGUCCAAGGAAAUCCGUCCGGUUUGCAAAAAGUUUUGCCAGGACCCGAUGGAGAUCUACGUUGAUGACGAAACCAAACUGACCCUGCACGGAUUGCAGCUUUAUUACGCAAAACUGGCCGAGGCAGAAAAGAACAAGAAACUCAACGAUCUGUUGGAUGCCUUGGAGUUUAACCAGGUUGUCAUCUUCGUCUCCAAAGUCGCCCGUGCGAAAGAGUUGAAUCGUCUCUUAACGGAAUGCAACUUUCCUUCCAUCUGCAUCCACGCCGGUAUGCGGCAAGAGGAACGCAUCAGCAAAUAUAAAUCCUUUAAAGAUUUCAACGCCCGUAUUCUUGUCGCGACUGAUCUGUUUGGUCGGGGUAUUGAUAUUGAACGCGUCAACGUGGUCAUCAAUUACGACUUUCCGGAUGAUUCCGAUCAGUUCUUACACCGUGUGGGCCGCGCGGGACGUUUUGGUACCAAAGGGAUUGCCAUUUCCUUCAUUAGCUCCGAAGCGGAUCAAACCAUCCUUUCGCAGAUUCAGUCGCGGUUUGAAGUUAACAUUCCCACGUUGCCGGAUGAAAUUGAUAUGAGUACUUACAUGAGCACCUAAAGCUCCGCAUUGGGCAUUGCAGGAGAAAAAAUUGGAAGUUUCGAUUGAAAAAGACUGCCUAACUGUAAGAUUGCUUUUGCGGAGGGAUUAUAGGAUAAGUGUUUUUGUGGUCAGGACAGGCAACUAGCGUUUUGGAACAAACCGAGAUUUUUUUUUGGUUACAGAAAAGUUAAAUUAGAGGUCUGCUUUGAUGUGUUUGGGGAAACACAAAGGUUUAAAAUAUGUUGAUCUGGCUUUUGAUCGUAAGAAGGCCUCGAAGCUCGAUAGAAACGUUUUCUUCUGGCUCUGUCCAGUUUUGAUUUUCACUGUCAAACAGGCGACGCACCAACUCGUUUAUUCGUUUUCACAAAAGUACGGUAUUUUUUAUCAAGAUGGCAUUUUUGAUUUACCUCGACAGGAUUUAAAGCCUACGUUUGAUUUGUUCCAAAGCAUGCGCAAGCAUUUCAGCCGUCGGCCUUUUACUUGGCAACGGACUCAAGCAAGACCCAACUAUCCUGCUGAAUACUUGCAUGUCCUCGUUGGCAACUGGUCCGGCCCAGCGAUCAGGUGUUAAUGCAUGUUGCGGCAAAACGCAAUCGUAGUAAACAUCACGAGAGAGCCU